AUGUUGUUUAAGAUGCAUAGAGCCUACCAGUCAAUUUUACCAUGUGGCAACAAAUAUCUUCAGCAAAAAUGGGACAAAGCAAACUAUGAAGAGCACAAGAAAAGGAUCCAGACUGCCAAACCUGUAGUGGACACCACUACUCCUCUAACAUAUGGCCAUCUUCACUUGAAGUUAAAGAAGUUAAAGCUUGAAAAGGAACGGCUUUCAGUCAUCGAAAGAGACAAUCAUUUGCUACUGGAGAAGAUGUCCUCCAUCAUGAGGACGAAAGGGCGAAUUGAUAACAAAAAUUACUAUCAGGCCAAAAGUUUAAACAGGGAAAAGCGAGAGAAGGAACUACUGAGAGUGAGCCAAGAAAACCAGGCCAUUCUGGAUAGGAUUACAAAGUGUGAGCCUCAGUAUCAAGUUCAGAGGUGGCAUGAAGACUGGCAAAGGGCGGAAAAAUACAUGGACAGCAUUGCAAGAUAUCCUCGUGGGUGGUAUAAAUUGCAGAAUCGAAAGGAACAAAAACAAAACAAGAACCCAUCAAAACAAGAGAGAGAAAAAAGAGAUAAGCAACAGAAUGAUGAAGAUGUGAAAAGCAAGACAGAGGAGGGAGAAAAAGGGGACCUCCAAAGUAGAGAGGAAAAAGAUCACCAAGAGAGAGAAACUGUUUUAGAAAUGGUGUAAUUCCAACCAGUCCCCUAUGAACACAGUUCAAGCAAUUUCUAGAACUAAACUUGAGAUAGGGUGUGUGGGAGAGGCAGCUGCAAGAGCUUAUAUAGAUACUAUCAUUUUAAGGAAAUUACUGUAAGUGUAGGUAUUAGGCACAUGUCCUUAUUAACAUAUAUACAUCUCUUUAUAGUUGCCAGCAAACUAUAACUCUGCAUAGUGUUUCAUGAACACAAAUGAAGUGGGAGCAAAGCUGGGGCAAUGAAUUGACUAUCACAGGUAAUUAGUCCAGCUGAUUAAAACCAGCUUGUUAAAAAAUAACUAUAUUUUAAUUCUCACAUUAGUAUCCAUCGGAGA